AUGGAAUCAAAAGAUCAAUCCUUUGAAGAUCUACCGGAUGCUGACUUCUUUAACAACGUCAAAGCUACUAUUGAAAAGGAGCUUGAUAAAAUGAAGAAAAUUGUGAAUAACAUCAAUCAAAUGAGAGUCGAAACAGCUUACUUAGAAUCUGACCUGUUGCUGACGAUCGACGCUUCUACUUGGGAGAACAUAUUAGAGCUGAUUGGUCGCGUACCCAUGAAGAUGGAUGACUUAUCUGUGAAGAAAGAAAUUGUCUAA